AUGGAGCCGCAGCAGAGGAGGCUGCAAGGCUUGUUUCUCUUCCUGCAGAUGAGUGCAGAGACACGGGGAAGAGGUCAGCAGCACACCGGGGGAUUCCCUGACAGCCGCCCCGCCAAAGACCACCAAGGUGAGAGCUACAUGAAGACCUGCAUUCUUCUCCUGCCCCCCGAGCUGCUCCGGCACCCAAAAGUCUUUUAUUUCCAGCUUCCUCUCAGGUCAAAGAGCCCCUGUGGCGCCCUAAAAGCUCUCCACAAGCCUAUGGCCAUAGUGGACAAGCAGCAGCCAGAGGACACAGAUCAGAGCUGCACAGGAGAGCACUCUUGA